CGCAACCAAAACAUUCCAUUUCGUCAAUAAUUGGACAUAUAAAGAGGACAAAAUAGUUUAGUUAUCCUGAACUUUUUACAGAAAAGGCCAUGGACAGAGAGAGUAUGCAGCAGCUGUCCCUGCGUCUGUCCCGGGUGCUGGAGGACAUUGGGGUCAGCAGGUUCAUCCGCACCAGGAGGAGGAGAACAUGGCUGAUGAUAGAGACACUAGACAGGAUCAGAGAUGAGGUUGAUGGUGGGAACCUCACUAUCUAUACCUUUGGAAGCCAGACAGAGGGGACUACCACACUGGGAAUGAAGUCAGAUACAGACACAUUGGUGUGUAUUAAUGACUGGCCAGUAAUACUUGACUGGAGUGAAUGGAGGCAGGGGAAGGAGAAUCUUCUUGUGGUAAAGAAUGAACAAUCUCCACCCCAACACUGCUGGCUUCAGUGGGUGAGAUCUGACCUCCCAUUACAAGUGACAGAGGUCAACAGGCGUAGUGACAUGGUGGAUAGUGAGGGCAGAGUGCUGAUGACCAACACUCAUAUUGAGAUGCAUGAAGAAAUUAGACAAAUAAGCCAAUCUGGAGAGAUGGUCCAACAUGGUCCAUCAAGAAGCUGGAAUGAAAUGCUUGAUUUUAUAUUUGCAUUUCACUGUACCAGCCUUCCUGAAGAGUGUAAGUUUCUAUUCUGUAGGCCACGCCCUGGUCACUGGCCCAGACCUGACACACUGGCCAUGGCAAGACAGACUGGAGUGUUCCUAGUGCCACAAGGAUACACUGAGGAUCCUUCACGACCAGUCAAGUGCCGAUCCACAACUUUUUAUGUGCCUGUAGAAAACAUGCACUAUCCUCUGUAUAAGCGGGAGUGGAGAUUUUCAACAUCUAUCAUGGAAAGACUUCUUGUAUUUGAUAUGAAUAUAAUACAGCAUAAAGUGUAUGUAUUUCUGAAAAUGCUUAGAAAAUCAAUAAUAAAGCAGGUUGUUGAUGACCGUUUCAGUACAUUUCACAUGAAGACUGCAAUUCUGUUUACAAUAGAGACAUAUCCACCAAACAUAUGGAGUGAAGACAACCUUGUACAGUGUGUGAUCUACUGUCUGACCACACUUCUCAGAUGGCUGAAGAUCAGGUUGUGUCCACACUACACCAUCUCAGGGGUGAACCUGUUCACUGGAAAGCUGUUCAAACAUGAACAGUACAAACUGCAUUCUAUGAUAACAGAAAUCAUUUACAGCAAUUUCCAGUGCCUAUAUACAAUUGAAAUGGAUGAUCUGGGGAGGAGAAUGUCAUCUGUGAUUUCAUCCCAAAUUAUUGGGGUUGACACUCGAUGCACACUCUAUCAAGUCCAAAUGGUUAAAUUGUACUUAUCGUGGGCAGCAUCUUUUAAGCAAGUACCUAUUGCUUUACUAAUCAAUGACAAGAGCGACUUAUAUCAAUCUUUGAUAGAACAUUUUGAGACACUGAAUGUUUUAAAGAACAAUGGAACUAAAAUAGAGCAAGAGACAGCUUCCUUGUUAAUACCAUCAGUUUGUGGAGCCCUUGCCUCCAUUAAAGCCUCCAGGUGUAUCUACCAAGGACAACCUGUCACACACAGCAUUCUCCAGCUGUACCAACUGUCCUUUGACUCGGAUCUGCUGUCCAGGAGACUAAAGUUUGCCUCCAUGUUGUACUGCAGUGGGCAGUAUGAGGCAGCAGCAAACUGCCUGACCUACUGUGAGGGCCUACUGGGGCCUGCAGUGUGGCAAUGUUGUACGUGUGUAGGAAGACAGAGAACAUCACUAACCAAUGAGUUCAUGAAAAAGACUGGAAACACACCAUUCAAGGAUAUGUUACAGAAAUAUACAGCCUUGGAUGUUACUUUUACUCGAGAUGAUAUCCAUUGUGUUCCAAACCAUCUGGUGUAUGAAAUGUUUAGAACAGCAGGAUAUGAAGACAGACAACAGAGACAUCCAGCAUUUGACUAUGAAUGGAUGGACCUCAUUGUGAUUGACUGUGUCCCAUUUCUCCACUACCUACAGUACCUCACACACACACAACUGAACCAACAUGACAGAAAAUUGCGGGCACUGAACAACCUUUAUUUCUACAUAUGCUCAAGUAAAGGCUGUGGUUAUAUAGACACAGCCUGGAACAUGCUGGGCCACUGUUAUGAACUGGAGAAUGAACUGAAUCUAGCCAGGGUCUGCUACACUGAGUCACUGCAGCACUACCCAAGAAAUAAUGCAGCCAACUGGCACGUGGCUAGGAUCAUGCAUCAGCACUUAAAUGGCUGAAAAUGUUUUCACUCAGCCUAGUUGAUAGCAUGAAGACCCAAUGCGGUUAAAAGAAAGAAAAAUAACAACAUCUGUAUUAUUGACUUAUUUUUAAAGAAAAUUACUUAAACCUUGAAAUAAAAAUACGUUUUAAACUAUAUAAAUGUUUAUAACACUCAAUUUAAACUAGAGCUAUCACUGAAGGUGAAUAAUACCCCCGAACGCCGCCCUGAUAUGAAAUUGCAGUCAACUAUUUGGAAAGCCAACCUAUAAAUGACAACUUUAUUUUAUGGACUAUCGUCAGUUAUUCAUUUUUUUUCUUAUGUUUUUAAGUUAGAAAAAGGCUUUUAAACAAUAUCAGUGAUGCUAAUACUGAGAUGUUGUUCUAUUCAUAUGUAAGCAUACCUAAUGACUUCUGUUUAUCUUUUUGACACUAUUUAACCCCCUAAAAUGUGCAUACAUAGCAAUUUACAAAUAGCGACAUAACCGAAAGCAAAGCUAUUUUUAGCGUAUUAACGUCAUUACGAAAUUUGCAUAAUUAUUAGCGUCUUUCAGACAACCUAAAAUUCUAUGAUUCGCAUUUUUAAA